AUGGGACGCCCCCCACCCCUUGCAGCUCUUUACUGGAGGAUCCUGCUCUUGCUGCUGGGAGCCUGGGCAGGCUGCACCAAGGCACAGGGGUCCAAGAUCCUGGAGGGCCAGGAGUGUGAAGCCCACUCUCAGCCCUGGCAGGCGGCCUUGUUCCAGGGCCAGCGACUGCUCUGCGGGGCUGUCCUUGUUGGUGCCAACUGGAUCCUCACAGCUGCCCACUGUAAAAAAAUGAAGUACACAGUGCGACUGGGUGACCACAGCCUGCAGAGUAAAGACGGGCCCGAGCAGGAAAUCACAGUGGCUCAGUCCAUCCAACACCCCUGCUACAACAGCAGUGACAUGGAUGACCACAGUCACGAUCUGAUGCUCAUCCGACUACGUGGUCGAGCAUCCCUGGGGCCCAAAGUGAAGCCCAUCAACCUGGCGGAUAAAUGCGCCCAUGUGGGCCAGAAGUGCACUAUAUCGGGCUGGGGCACUGUCACCAGCCCCCGAGAGAACUUUCCUGAUACCCUCAACUGCGCAGAAGUGCAAAUCUUUUCCCAGAACAAGUGCGAGGCUGCCUACCCAGGGCAGGUCUCAGAUGGCAUGCUUUGCGCGGGCAACAGCAACGGGGCUGACACCUGCCAGGGCGACUCCGGAGGCCCGCUGGUGUGCGACGGCCUGCUCCAGGGCAUCACGUCGUGGGGCUCGGACCCCUGCGGGCGGCCCGAGAGACCUGGUGUCUACACCAACCUCUGCCGCUACCUGGACUGGAUCAAGAAGACCAUGGGAAAGAGGGGAUGA